AUGCUCCAAUCCAACUGUUCACUGGCUUCGCGCUGUGUAAAGACACGCAGCAUCAACAGAAUCGUGGUUUCCCGACUACACAAAGCUACCUCCAGACCUGCAUUGUCAAUAGGCCCUCGUCAACAGGCUCCGCCUACCCCUCUACCCACCAGGACAGCUUCUUGGCGUAGUUUUGCUACAGGUCUGCCAAAUCCAUGUUGUAAAAGAUGGACGUGUUACUCACCGGACCUCGCAGAAACCAACUCUACUUCACGGAAACCUCACUUUGAUAAGAUUCUGGUCGCGAACAGAGGUGAAAUAGCUUGUCGCGUAAUUCGUACAGCAAAGAAGCUCGGAAUCAAGACCGUUGCGGUGUACAGCGAUGUGGACCAGAACUCCUUGCAUGUGCAGAUGGCCGAUGAAGCUUAUUGUAUAGGUCCAGCUCCUUCGGCCGAAAGCUAUCUGCGAAUGGACAAGAUCAUUGACGUCUGCCAUCGUAGUGGUGCCCAGGCGGUUCAUCCCGGAUAUGGUUUUCAGAGCGAAAAUGCAUCCUUUGCUGAACGCCUGGAUCAAGAAGGGAUUAUAUUCAUUGGGCCUCCCUCUAGUGCCAUCAUCAGUAUGGGCUCGAAAAGUGAAUCAAAGCAUAUCAUGACCGCUGCGGGAGUGCCUUGUGUGCCUGGAUAUCAUGGAAAGAACCAAGAUCCCGAGUUCCUGUAUGAACAGGCGAAACAUAUUGGAUUUCCUGUUCUCAUUAAGGCCAUCCAUGGUGGCGGUGGCAAGGGCAUGCGUACUGUGACAAACCCCUCUGCCGAAGUGUUCUACGAAGCAUUGUCUUCUGCGAAGAGAGAAUCUUUGAAGGCUUUUGGAAAUGACGUAGUGCUCAUCGAAAGAUAUAUCGAGAGACCACGGCAUGUGGAAGUUCAAGUGUUUGCUGAUACACAUGGAGGCGCCGUCAGUCUUUGGGAACGAGACUGUUCUGUCCAGCGGAGAAAUCAGAAGAUCAUCGAGGAGGCACCCGCGCCUGGCUUGUCCCCAAAGUUACGCGCGGAUCUUGGUGAGAGGGCAGUGGCAGCUGCGCGCGCUGUUCAUUAUGUUGGGGCCGGGACUGUCGAGUUCAUCUUUGACAAUGACACACUGGAUUUUUAUUUCAUGGAAAUGAACACUCGUCUUCAGGUUGAACACCCUGUAACUGAAAUGGUAACUGGGCUCGAUUUGGUUGAAUGGCAACUUGAGGUCGCUGCUGGAAAUCCACUUCCUCUUGACCAAUCUUCAAUUCCACUCGUUGGUCAUGCAUUUGAGGCCCGAAUAUACGCAGAGAAUCCACGUAAUCAAUUUCUUCCUGAUUCUGGGCCUCUGCUCUAUCUUUCUACUCCGACACCUACACAUGUUUUCGCUGAGUCUUAUGCGCCCCAUUCGGAGUUCAGUUCUCCCAUUAACAUAACUCCAUCGCUUCGACUGGAGCAGGGCUUUGUUCAAGGAUCACAGAUUGGCGUGUUCUAUGAUCCUAUGAUUGCUAAGCUUAUCAGUCACGGUAGGGACCGUACCGAAGCUCUACGAAUUCUACGAAAGGCAUUGGACGAAUAUCAUGUUGUCGGUGUGUCAACCAACGUGGAAUUUUUGAGAAUCCUUGCCGGAAAUCAAGCCUUCAUAGAUCAGGAAUUAGAAACGGGGUUUAUUCCGAGACAUUUCAACGAACUCUUUCCGCCAAUCGCAGAACCUUCCGCAGAAACACUAGCGCUGGCAGCCCUUUAUGUCGCUCUUCGUGAUCAUCCCAUUGCAAAUGCUCCUUCGGGUCCGACACCAUGGACCACUCUGCCCUCUCGUCGUUUCGGCGGAGAUACGUACGAGCGGCUCAUCACUUUACAAGGCGAUUCUGAAAAAAGCGAACCUGUAAGCGUAUCGGUGAAAUCAACGACACCAGGGCGCUUCGAUAUACUCCUCCGCACUGGCUCCGCCUCUGGCACCGAAUUUUUGUCUGUGCCUGCUCAGCUACUUUCUCCAACAAAGCUCUCUGUGACUCUAAAUUCAACAAAUUGUAAAGCUACCGUUGUUUCACAACCGCCGCCGGGGGGCGUACCGGCUUCGUCUUCUCACAACACUGUGGAGCGCUUGCAUGUCUUCAGUGACGGCUCGAAGACGACCCUGAUAUUGCCGUCGCCUAAAUGGCUUCUUGACCUUGGCGGUGACGUGCUUCCUGCAGCCAAGGGGGCAUUAAAGUCCCCAAUGCCAAGUUUAGUUGUUGAAAUUAAGGUCAAAGUCGGCGAUCGCGUUGAGAAGGGACAGGCUGUCGUGAUUUUGGAAAGCAUGAAGACGGAAACGGUGAUGAGGACUGAUGUUGCUGGGAUCGUCAAGAUGGUGAGUUGUAAUAAUGGUGAAAUGGUUGAAGAGGGCAGGGAAUUGGUAGGUGUUGAAGAAGAGAUGGUCACUGCAUAG